GUGAAGCCGGGUAUGCUCUUCCUGGCGGCACGCUGCGACCAGGUGAGUCCGAGAAAGAUGGGCUCAAUCGCAAAAUGCGGCGCUUCAUCUUCAACGCAGACCCAAGCAUGGUCUGUGAAUGGAAGAUAGGCGACUUGCUCUCCGUGUGGUGGUGCCCAAGCUAUGACGGCACCUCCUAUCCUUACCUGCCUCCGCACGUCACCAGGCCCAAAGAGUGCAUCAAGGUCUAUCAGGUGAACCUACCGCAGAGAUGUGUAUUCGCUGUUCCUGAAACGGACAAGCUUGUGGCCAUUCCCUUCUUCGACUUGCACGAAGAUCCCGCAGCAUAUCCGGAGCUCCGAGACAUCCCGCAGCUGGUGAGCCGCUACGCGAUAUCUCUCUUCGAGCAGGGUUGA